AGGGGCCGGCGCAGCGCGCGUCCCCGGGCGCUCUCGGGGGUCGCUUUCCCGGCGCGCGCCAGAUCCUGGCAACCGAAACCGCGCUCGGGGCGCAUUCGCGCGGAGGUUUUGGGUACGACAGUUUGUUUGACAGCUGCCGGACUAUGUUCACACUUCUGAUUCUACUCAGCCAACUGCCCAUAGUUACCUUAGCGUUUCCUCCUUACACAAGCAAUGGAAAGGAUGCCAGGCAUGCGCCAGAAGAAGUCUUUGCAUCAAAAGAAGAAGCGAACUUUUUCAUACAUCGCCACCUCCUAUACAAUAGGUUUGAUUUGGAGCUUUUCCUUCCCAGUGACCUAGAAAGAGAGUGCCAGGAAGAGUUUUGUAAUUAUGAGGAAGCCAGAGAGAUUUUCCUGGAUGAAGAUAAAACGAUGGCAGCGGAGAGAAGAUUGAUGUUAUUCGCAUUCUGAUUGGAAUCAUUGCUGGGGGAACACUUCUGGUUACGUGUGGACUAUGUUUGUAUUAUGUAUGCAUAACCAAGCGUAAGAGACAACCACACGCAGGUUGUUCAGUCGCCUAUGUAAGAAAUGGCAGCUUUUCCAUCAAUCUCAGAAGACCUGAGGAGGCUAUCCUGUCUCCAUCGGUGCCAUCUUUGGAGGACACUGGAUUACCUUCCUACGAGCAGGCAAUGGAACUGAACAGAAAACACAACGUUUCACCGCCACCACCUUAUCCUGGGCUGGCAAAAGGAUUUAGGGUAUUUAAAAAGUCUAUGUCACUCCCAUCUCACUAAGCCCACCCUGCCAACUCAAUAUAAGAAAUUCAUGUUAUUCAAAUGGUUUAUUCUCUCACCCAAAAAAGGACACUGGCUAUUCAGCUCUUUGCAAUAAACUGCAAGCAAUAAAGGAGGAAUAAGCGUA